GCUUUUAUUUUGAAAACAGGUUCGCUGCUGGGUCUCCAUGCCCUGUGCUGGUGGGUCAAGUAUUUCGUGUCUGUGUCUAGCAUGAGAAGAGAGGAUAUAUCAGUCUCUAAUUCGGUUUGGCACGUCAGACUUGCUUGGGGACCGUGAAGGUCAGCUACUGUAAACAGAAAGGUUGAGCUACUAAUUGCUGAACCACUCUGGAAAAUACAGUUAGUGGUAAAAUUGUCAGCUGAUGUUUUGAGACUUGCAGGUGAAGAAAUGGACCCCAGGGACCGCUCUCCGCUGAAGCACUUUGUAGUGGCCAAAAAGAAGAUUAAUGAUGUUUUUGAGCAGCUGCUUGGCUACGUCCAGGAGGGCUCAGAGUUUGUGAAAGAGACAUGUCAGAAUGAUUCAUUGGAGCAGAUUGCAAAGAAGCCACAGCUGGAGGAGAUCGAGGCAUACACAGGCAAACUGGCAGUCAUCAAAGAGGUGCUGGCUCGCCGGCAUAUGAAGGUGGCCUUUUUUGGCAGAACUAGCAAUGGAAAGAGUACAGUUAUUAAUGCCAUGCUGAGGGACCGAGUGCUGCCCAGCGGCAUCGGGCACACAACAAACUGCUUUCUGAGCGUUGAAGGCACUGAUGAAGAUAAGGCUUAUCUGAAGACUGAGGGAUCUGAGGAAGAGAAAAGCAUCAAGACAGUCAAUCAGCUGGCCCAUGCACUGCAUAUGGACGAGAGCCUUGAUGCUGGCUGUCUGGUCAAAGUUUUCUGGCCCAAGACAAAAUGUGCCCUUCUUAGGGAUGACCUGGUUCUCAUGGACAGUCCUGGGACGGACGUCACAACCCAGCUGGACAGCUGGAUCGACAAGUUUUGUCUGGACGCUGAUGUGUUUGUGCUGGUGGCCAACUCUGAAUCUACACUAAUGAACACGGAGAAGCAUUUCUUCCACAAAGUAAACGAACGCCUUUCAAAGCCCAAUAUUUUCAUCCUGAACAAUCGCUGGGAUGCAUCCGCCUCCGAACCCGAAUACAUGGAGGACGUGCGGAAGCAGCACAUGGACCGCUGUGUGAACUUCCUGGUGGAGGAGUUGAAGGUGGUGGACAAAGAGCAGGCGCCCAACCACAUCUUCUUUGUGUCUGCCAAAGAAGUGCUGAACUCCAGGAUGCAGCGGGCGCAGGGUAUGCCAGAGACUGGAGGAGCUUUAGCAGAAGGCUUCCAGGACCGACUGAAGGAGUUCCAGAGUUUUGAGAGAACAUUUGAGGAGUGUAUCUCGCAGUCAGCAGUGAAAACAAAGUUUGAGCAGCACACAAUCAGGGCAAAGCAGAUUACUGAGAGUGUCAAAGACAUCAUGGAUCAAAUCCACAUCGCUGCUGCUGAAAAGAGGGUGGCCUCUCUGGAGGAGAGAGAGUAUCUGAUGGACCGAUUGGAGUUUGUUCGCAAUCAGCUCAACCUACUCAUUGAGGACAUCAAGAAGAAAAUUAAGAUUGUUACAGAGCAGGUGGAGGAACAGGUGUCUAAUGCCAUGGCAGAGGAGAUCUGUCGACUCUCUGUGCUCAUAGAUGAGUUUCAUACAGACUUCCACCCGUCUCCCCAUGUGCUGAAAAUGUACAAAUCAGAACUGCUCAAUCACGUGGAGAAAGGCAUGGGGAAGAAUCUGGCCUUCCGCUGCUCUGACGCGGUCAAUGCUUCUGUGCAGUCCUCUCAGAAAGAUAUGAUCGAGUGUUUGCAGCCUCUGCUGCCCCCUGCUGUUCAAAGCCAGAUCCACAUGCUGAUCCCCUACAGGAAGUUUGACCUCAGCUAUGACCUGAACUGUGCCACACUCUGUGCUGAUUUCCAAGAGAACAUAGAGUUUCAGUUCUCUUUGGGCUGGACCGCCCUGGUCAGCCGCUUCCUCGGACCAACUAAUGCCAAGCGGGCCCUGAUGCUGAUAGACCAGAACCUGCAGCUCUCAGCCACCACACCAACAGGUGGAGCUGUGGCCCAGGCUGCACCCCCCAGAGCCCCAGUCACUCAGGGCCAGUCCCAGGCUGUGAUGACCCAAGAGGAACUCAUGAUGUCCAUGGCUACCAACCUCGCCUCACUCACCUCACGCACCUCCAUGAGUGUGGUUAUCGUCGGAGGAGUGGUGUGGAGGACGAUAGGCUGGAGAGUCAUCGCUCUGUCUAUGAGCCUUUACGGCCUGCUGUACCUGUAUGAGAGGCUCACCUGGACCACCAAGGCCAAGGAGAGAGCUCUGAAGAAGCAGUUUGUGGAUUAUGCCACUGAGAAGCUCCAGAUGAUAGUCAGUUUCACCAGCUCUAACUGCAGCCACCAGGUCCAGCAGGAAAUAGCCAGCACCUUCGCCAGGCUGUGCCAACAGGUGGACAUCACCCAGCGAGAGCUGGAGAGUGAAAUUAGCUGCCUAACCACGAAGAUCCAAGAGCUGGAGAAGGUCCAGACCAGCUCCAAAGCCCUCAGGCACAAAGCCACGGAGCUGGAGAAGCAGCUGGAGAACUUCACCAGUCAGUAUCUCCAGCCACAGAACUGAGCUGUGAUUCCGGUCACACUGGCAGCGCCACCGACCUCAGGAGUGGAUUUACGUUGAUUACAGCAUGGAUUGUGAAACUAAUAAGCCCACUUUGGCCUGUCCAACAGGUGGACAGCUGUGUCUGCACUUUAACCAGGGUUAGCAUUGCAAAAAGGUCAUUAUACAGUUAAACUGUCAAAGGUUGGUUUCAGAAACAGUUUAGUUGUGGUUUACUGUAUUUAAGCUGAAUUUAUCCUGCAGUGAGAUCCGAGUACACUACUGUAUAAACUGUGAGAUCGGCACAUGAAGAAAACACUGUCCAUGGCUGCAGAGCGGAAAAGGCGUAGCCUUUCUCGCUGUACAGUCGACUACAUGGCAGUUCAUGACACACUGUAAAGAAAUUCUUACAGAGCGAAACCAGAUUACUUCUAAUCAUAUCUGUCUGACUUGAAACAGAGCCUUUUUCCAAGCCUUUCUUUUCUACAAAAGAAAAACUUCAACCAAGUUCAAAACGUAAAAACCAGCCUGAGGAAACUAUGUAUUUUGUAGAUAGCCUUUUGAUCACAAUGCCUGUUUUUCUAUAUGUUCCUCAGAAACCUUUCUAUGACUCUAACCCAUUGUGAACACUUUCUUUAUGGACUCUCUCCUUUGUAAAAACAAAAAAAAAGUGUAAAUGUUCACCUUGAAUAACUGUCUGGAAAAAGCUUAUUGCAGCAGAGAAUACAAAUAAAAUAUUACCAUGUUUUUGA